ACAGUCUUUGGGCGGGGUCUCUCUUCAAAACUCAACGCGAAUGUCUUCAUUUUUCCUGGGUGUGGUUUCAGACAGUUCCGUUAGCAGGAAAUUCAGCUAGAGACCUACUCAGAGCUGCGAGCGCAAGAUAACACUGAGCCACACAAACUUGAGAAAACUGCCGAAAAGAAAAAAAAAAAGAACAAGUUAAUCCAAAAGAGUUUUGUUUAAACGGUGUGAAAUAACUUCUCUUGGCAGUGUUUGUCUUGUGAAAAACCUUGCUGCUGGGGAAAGCUGAUGGGCAAAAGUUAGAAUUGCUGAAAAGUUUCGAGAGUACAGUUCAUUUUCUCAAAGCUCUGAGCAGACCGAGACAGGAAAAUGCCGAAAACCAUCAGCGUGCGAGUCACCACAAUGGAUGCAGAGCUGGAGUUUGCUAUCCAGCCCAACACGACUGGCAAACAGCUCUUUGAUCAGGUGGUGAAGACCAUCGGCCUGAGGGAGGUGUGGUUCUUCGGACUGCAGUACCAGGACACCAAGAGCUUCUCCACAUGGCUCAAGCUCAACAAGAAGGUGACUGCCCAGGAUGUGCGCAAGGAAAGCCCCCUGCUGUUCAAGUUCCGUGCGAAGUUCUACCCCGAGGACGUGUCCGAGGAGCUGAUCCAGGACAUCACGCAGCGCCUCUUCUUCCUGCAGGUCAAGGAGGGGCUCCUCAACGAUGACAUCUACUGCCCGCCCGAGACCGCCGUGCUGCUCGGCUCCUACGCCGUGCAAGCCAAGUACGGAGACUUCAACAAAGACCUGCACAAAACAGGCUACCUGAGCAAUGACAAGCUGCUGCCACAGAGAGUGUUGGAGCAGCACAAGCUGAACAAGGAGCAGUGGGAAGAGCGGAUUCAGGUCUGGCACGAGGAACACAGAGGAAUUCUAAGAGAGGAUUCCAUGAUGGAGUACCUGAAGAUCGCCCAGGAUCUGGAAAUGUACGGAGUGAACUAUUUCAGCAUCAAGAACAAGAAAGGCUCUGAACUGUGGCUGGGAGUGGACGCCCUGGGACUCAAUAUAUACGAGCAUAAUGACAAGAUGAACCCUAAGAUUGGAUUCCCAUGGAGUGAAAUCAGAAAUAUUUCCUUUAACGAUAAGAAGUUUGUAAUCAAGCCGAUUGACAAAAAAGCUCCUGACUUUGUGUUCUACGCCCCUCGUCUGAGGAUCAACAAGCGCAUCCUGGCUCUGUGCAUGGGUAACCACGAGCUGUACAUGCGGCGACGCAAGCCCGACACCAUCGAGGUGCAACAGAUGAAGGCGCAGGCCCGCGAGGAGAAGCACCAGAAGCAGAUGGACAGGGCACUGCUGGAGAAUGAGAAGAAGAAGCGAGAGAUGGCUGAGAAGGACAAGGAGAAGAUUGAGAAGGAGAAGGCAGAGCUGAUGGAAAAGCUCGCCCUGAUUGAGGAGCAGACAAAGAAGGCCCAGCAAGAGCUGGAGGAGCAGACCCGACGGGCCAUCGAGCUGGAUCAGGAGAGGAAGCGGGCCAAGGAGGAGGCAGAGAGGCUGGAGAAGGAGCGCAGGAUGGCAGAGGAGGCCAAGGCCGCCCUGCUGCAUCAGUCUGAGAGCCAAAUGAAGAACCAGGAGCACCUGGCCACUGAACUGGCGGAAUUAACUUCGAAAAUCUCCCUCCUGGAGGACACCCAGAAGAAGAAGGAAACCGAAGCCAUGGAGUGGCAGCAGAAGGCAGCCUCGGUCCAGGAGGACCUGGAGAGGACCAAGGAGGAGCUGAGGAAGAAGGUGAUGGUGUGUCACGUUCAGGAGCCAGUCCACUCAGAGAAUGAGAACGACGAGAACGAGGAGAACGGAGCCGAGGCCAGUGCAGAGCUCACGUCAGAGGGGACCAUCCAAGACCGCAGUGAGGAGGAGCGCAGGACCGAGGCCGAGAAGAACGAGCGCGUGCAGAAGCACCUCCUGGCUCUGACCUCCGAGCUCGCCAACGCCCGGGACGAGACCAAGAAAACGGCGAACGACAUGAUACACGCGGAGAACGUGCGGGCGGGGCGCGACAAGUACAAGACGCUGCGCCAGAUCCGGCAGGGCAACACCAAACAGCGUGUCGACGAGUUUGAGUCCAUGUGAUCUGCACCAGCCAGUCGCACCACAGAGGAGUCCCAGCGGGCCUGUCGCCCUUCACUGCAAACCUGCUUUCACUGGACUCUGAAAAGAACAACACUGAUUGCAUUGCUAUCACUGUUUAACAAUAUGGAGGGGAUCUUUUGCCUUCAUAUUGCAGCCUGCAGCAUAGUUCCUUUAGUCCCGCUUGCAAUUUAAUUCCAGUUGUAGUCUGAACUGAUCAGUACAGGAGCUACAUCUUUAUCUACCAUGUCCAGUUUUCUUAUGCAAACUUCAUCCCUGUGCUGUAAUUUAACCUUGAUGAUACAAGCCACCAAUGGAAUAGAAUUAAAGUUAAAUAUUGAGAUAGGCAUCAUGUGGUAAAGUCAGUAUUAUGUGAGUGGAACUUUGCACUACCUCAGUGCUACACACACACACACGCACACACACAUUAUAUAUAUAUAUACAUAUAUAUAUAUGUCUGUUUUGCCAAUUGGCCACAUUGCCAAAGGAAACCAACAACUCAAGUUGCAACCAAGUGGCAACAAAGUGACAUUUGCACCCAGAAUUAACACUGGUAUAAAUAUAAGAGACUGCAGGACAUAUUUCACAGUGUCCAGUUGUGCAGCUACCGCAAGACUCGAAAUCCUUUUAUAUGUUGUGCCUUUAAAGCAAUACAAUGUGAAGUGCAGGUUUGCAGUGUGUAAAACGGCAGGUCCGCCAGUGUCAGUAAUUUCAGUAAAGGAUGAAAAAUGCCGAAAAAAAACUGUAUUUCUUAAAAUUUUAAGCUUUUUUUUUUUUUUAACUGUACAAUAUUGUGUUCUUGGAAAGGCACAUAAUUCCCACCUGUGAACGCAAUGAAAGGCAAAUACGUACUUUUGCAGUAUUAUUAAAAAAAAAAAAAAAAAUUCAGUAUUAGAAAUGUUUAUUCAAUAAAUUCAAUACAUAGCAUUGCAAAGCCACAAUUAGUGCUUUCUGCUUGGUUACACAUCUCAAUGAGUAUUCUAUUUUCAAUGUGUAUCUACUAUAAUGGCUCUCUUAUACCUGUGCACAGUUUCAUAGAUACAUAGGAGGUUUUUUAUAUAACAAAUCUGUAUAUUAAAAGCACCAGCUGUUUUAAAAAGGAUUUAAAAAAAAAAAAAAAUGUCGCUUGAUUGUUAAGACUUGUAGAACAUUUUUUGUUUGUAUUAAAAAACAGAUAAAAAGAACUAGCUUUUUGAUUUUUGUAAAAGAAGCGUCUAUUUACUAAUGUAACCGUCCCAUUGGCAUGUUAGUUUUACGUUUUUGUUCAUUUAAAUUAUGUGAAAGACAAAAAAAAAAAAAAAAAAGUUCCUAUCUAAAGAAUGUUAAUAUUGUUGUGUUGCUGUAUUUCUAAUGCCAAGCGGAGCUUGUUCUGCUGAUAGGUUUGCUGCUCAGAAAGCAUUCUCAAACUGUUAAUAAAAUUGAACAAAUAAAGAAAACUCGAAGAGUGACGUUUUGAUUUCCGUAGUAAGCGGUUCUAGUGAAGCAGUAAUCAGAGGGGCUUUGGGUAGUCAUGCUUUUGUGCCGGGUCCUGGUGAUAACCAUUGUCCAGUGGAUUGUUGCUCUUGUGGGUCGUUUUAAAGUUAUUUUAAAUAAUGUUUUAAAGUGUGUUUUAUUGGAUUUAAUAAAGUUUGAUAUUCAUGAUA